UGUUGUUGUUCGAUCUGUCCCGUCGUGGAAUCAAUCAAUCAGUCGGCAGCACACCUCACCCAGACGCCCUUUUGACCAACCACUCUGCACUAACCAAAACGCCCCACCACCAUCUCUUUCACAAGUGACGAACUAAUCGAUCCCCUGGCAGCAAAGGCGCCCCCGGAGCCCGCCGCCUCCGCAGCCAUGCCCUCCUCGUCCUCCGGCUCCCACGGCCAGGAGGCGCGGUCCCGCGAACCGCUCUUCUCCGUCGACCUCGCCGCCGCCGCGUGCCGCCUCCUCGCGUUCCUCCGCUCGGCGCCGGCCCACGGGGGCGCCGUGGGGCCACCGUCCGUGCGGAGGUACGAGGAGCUUUGGAUGCCGCUCGCGGCGGAGGAGGCCAUGCUGGUGCCGCCGCCCGACGUGCAGCUCGUCUGGCUCUGCCACUGCUUCCACCAUGAGAGCUAUGCCGCGUAUUGCACAUCAAGAUUCGGACGCCUCAUCAAUCGUCCGUUAAUUCUUGAUGCUGACAAUGAGGAGUAUGCUUCCGACCGUUGCAGGGAUGUCUGGGCUGCACGCUAUCCGUUGGAGCCGUUUGACCUAUACAAUAAUGAUUUUGAUGGAAACAAAUUGAAUGGCAUUGACAAAAACAAUGCGAAUGGCGAAAUUGUCAAAUUAAUUCGAGCAUACGCUAGCCUAGCAGCCCGCUUUGCAUCGCCCUUCAUCUCCGAAGGUGUGUACCAUGUUGCUGCGAAACGACGGUACGUGCGUUUCCUUGACCUCGUUAAUAAGCGUGUGUGCACAACCAGAGAAGACACGCGGCUGGUGCCUAGCUUUGACAUAUUGCUGAUGUGGCUUGCUCACCAGAGUUUUCCUGUAAGCUAUUCAAGGGACAUGACAGCAAUGGGUAUCAGGGACAAUGUUGCGAAAAUGGUGGUGGGUUAUGGGGAGGUGGUGAGUGAGGAAGUUGUGGAGAAGACAAGGGUAUUGUGGGAGGAGACGUAUAAUGAGCCAUAUGACAUGGCUGGUUCAGAUGUUGACACAGCGAAGCAGGCGUUCUAUUGGCAGGCUGCAGCAACAGAAGAGGAUGUCAACCGGCUGUACAAGGGGUUGCAACCUAGGUUUCUUAUGGAGCAGGUAUUGGUGUUCCUGAAAGGAGAAUCCAACAGCGAACAUAUUGACAACGAAUUCCUACGUCUGCGAACACAGAGGGGUCACAGAUCAUUAAAGCUUAACAAACCAAUGUCCAGUUUAUCUUGCAAAACCUGGCAGAAAACCUGGCAUCUGUACUGUGAAUUUGCAACCCGGGCCCUCACAAUUGAGUUCAGGCGCAGCACGAGUGGGUGCUUUAGGAACAGCAAGCUCCUCAAGAACGUAUCGUUCUCAUGGAAUGAUAUGCUGCAUGAGGAAUCACUCGUUCUUACAGAGGGGAUCGAUGUCAGCAUGAGGGUAAUGGUGUCAAUUACCCCUCCAAUUCAAGCACCUUACUUGUUGAAGUGCGUGCCUGACAGAGUCACUGAUGAUGGUGGGGCCAUGGUUUCUGAUGUCAUAUUGCGCAUGAGAAAUUACCGUCCGCAAGAAGGGCGGUGGUUGACCCGGACAGUGCUUGAUUACGGUGGGAAAGAAUGUUUUGUCAUUCGGAUUAGAAUAGGCAGAGGAAUUUGGCGGAGAGGACCUGAAACUCCUGUGGCAGUGAAAUGGGAGGACAGGAGCAUUGAGGUUCGAGAAGGCACAUGGUCCUACAUUGCAAGUGCAACAUCUGUUGGUUAUGCUCCUGAGAAGGUAGUCGGUACAGCAAUACCAUCAAAAGAUCAACAAGAGAAUAAGGUGGUUUGGAGCUUUUCAACAGGAGAUGUACUGACGGUGCAGUUCGGAGAUGACCUCAACUUUAUGCUACAAAACAAGAACUCAUAUGAAGAGGCAAGGCUGCUUGUAGGGAGGAGAUUGAGCUACAGCAUAAACAAGGAUAUCACAUCAAAUAACCGCAGUGAGGAGGAGCAAUACCUCACCUUAGUUCGUACAUCACCAGAUCAUCCUGAUGGCAAAGCAACCAUGCUCCUAAACUGGAAAUUACUUGCAGUGGAGUUCUUACCAGAAGAGGAUGCAGUUUUUGUGCUUCUUUUAUGCAUGUCAAUUGCACGGACAAUGACAGAGAUCAGAAGGGAAGAUGUGGCUGGGCUUCUGGUGCGACGAAGAAUACGUGAAGGACGGGUAGGUCAGAGGGACUGGGGUUCGGUGAUGCUUCCGAACUCACCUUCCCUUGACCCUCAUUUGCAGCCUUGGUAUCGGAACGCAGCAAGUGUUUUGAGCUCUACAGAGACAGUGCCUAACGGAGUGGUGCCUAUCAGGUACUCACCUGCUGACGGCAAGGAUGAGCUGUACAGGCAAGCUCUUAUACCUUGAAACUGAAUCCCUGAUGGAGAUAAUUCCUGUGAUAUACAGGACAGCCUGAUUAUGGUUGUGAUAUAUGGUUUAUAACAACAGAAGAAGAUUUACAUGUAGUCUCAAAGUGACUAAAUUUGUUGUCCAGAUGGUUUGUAGAUAGAUUAAUUGCUUAUAUUCAGUGCAUUGUAAUUCUAAUGAAUAUGAUGAAUCAUGGUUUUUCACAUUGA